UAACAUAAAUGUACCUCUCAUCCAACUAGUUCAAGAUUCCGCAUAUUACCUCUUAAAUUCCCUUCUUUUAUCGUCUAUUCAUCCUUCCCGCAAGUCCAAAUUCAUAAUCCACCGCUUUCUUUCCACCAUUUUCGCUUUUGCUUACUAACCCUUUAUCCAUAAUCCAUAAUAUUAUAUCUUCUUAAUUCUUCUUCUAUACGAACAAUACGAGCAAUUAACACAUUAAUUUUUGGUUUUGUUGGAGUAAGUCACCCGAAUUAUGCUUCGACUUCUUUGCAGAACAAGCCGCCGGUGUUGUAUGCGCUCACCUCGCCGUCGUUCCCUCUCUUCUUCUUCUUCUCGUAAUCCCGAGGAUUCCGUCGAUAUCCUUAACAAUAUCAAGAAACCCCAUCUUGUCCCUUCCCUUAUAUACCCCCCAAUUCGGCAACCCCACCACCCAACUUCUCUAUCACGUUACUCUGUAUUUGCUCUAUCGGCGACCCUUUUAACCGCUAUUGUUUCUUCUUGUGCUGUAAUUUUGACACGAGAUGAUGAAGAAGAGAAAGGGGAGGGAAGGGGCGAAGGUAUUAGAAUAUAUGAUGAAAUUGAGAAUGUGGUGGGGAAAUCGAAUGAGUCGUUGAUGAGAAUUGUGCAUAGGAUGAAGAAGACAGGGGCAGCAGCUUCUGUAUUAUGGAAGUCGUUGAGGUCAGUUAUGUCUUCGGCGAAUCAUGAGGUUCGGGUCGGGUUUGAGCUUAGGGUUGCGGCUUUGCUAGCCGACAUUGCUGCCGCAAGCGAGAGUCGGAGGGCGGCGCUUGUUGCUGCUGGCGGUGGGGCUGUGGUAGAUUGGCUUCUGGAGACGGUGGCGAUGUCAGGGGAGAAUUGUUGGACCCAGGCUGAGGCUGCUAGGGGUUUGGCCUAUUUGAUUGCUGAUCCUAAUGUGUGUGAGGAUGUUUUAGGAAGGCCUCAUGCUGUGCCAUAUCUUCUUAGGUUUAUCUUCUCUGCUCAGCCUCGGCAAUCCAAAAAGCAGCAUACAAGACGUAGUUCAUUCGAUCUUUCUGAUUCUUUGAAAGGUAGGAGCAUGCUGGUUGCAGCAAUUAUGGAUAUUGUCACUUCCCACUGUGAAAGUGCAGACAAGCUUUCAUUCAAGCCUACACUACCCAAAGAUGCUGAGAUGAGAGAUAUUGCUGCAGCUAUUGAAGUAAUUGAGGAAGGUGGUAUGCACUGGGAUGAGCCACAUGGGGAGGACGAUGAUGGUGGAGAAGGGAUGAAGGGUAUUGGGAUGAAAAUUCUUGAAGGCACGACUGCUGUAGGACUUUCAAGAAAUAAUGGGCUUGUAGAGAUGGGGCCUCCUAACACUAGCCAGACAGUCAAAUAUACGCCUAGUAAUCUCUUGUUUAACAAAAUAAAUGAUAGUUCGUCAGCCCGAUCAAAUUUGUCUUCUGCUGUUGUUCCUGGCCUUUGGGAUGAUUUGCAUUCUGAACAAGUCGCUGUUCCUUUUGCUGCGUGGGCAUUAGCAAAUUGGGCAAUGGCUUCGGAAGUAAAUAGGUAUCAUAUUCAAGAAUUGGAUCAAGAGGGGCAUGUGGUCAUGGCUGCUUUGGUAGCACCUGAGAGAUCUGUGAAAUGGCAUGGAAGUCUGAUGGUUAAAUUGCUUCUAGAAGACCACAAUCUGCCGCUAAGUACUACUGUUUCUGAUUGGACUUCUAGUCUUUUGUCUACUGUUUCACAUGCAAGUAAAACUCAGGACAUUCCCCUAGCUCAGAUAGCAUUGUCUGCAUUUUUGAUUUCUCUUGAGCGAAGCCCUUCGGCACAGGAGGUAGCUGUGGAAAAGGGUCUUCAUUUGAUGAGAGAGGCUGCUAAACAGACCACAAAGCAUUCUUCGGUGCAAGAAGCAUUGGCUAAGGCUUUGGAGUUGCUCUGUGCUAGGGAAUGGCAUAUGUCCCUGGAAGAAAGCCAGCAUUGGUCUGGUGUUCUGCUCCCUUGGGUCUUUGGACAGCUGUCCUCUGAUGCAAUACGAUCUUCAGCAAUAAAUAUUCUAACACGCAUUCUUGAAGAUUAUGGACCAUCCUCCAUACCAAUUUCUCAGGGAUGGUUAACUAUUAUGCUAAGUGAUGUUCUGGAAUCAAAGAAAACAGCAUUAAGCAAAGGAAAUAACCAACCAAAUAGUGAUAAAGUGAAGACCCAAGUUGAUCAAGCAAAUGUAGUUUUGGCCACACAAACUGCUAAUCAGUUGGCAGGAGCAGUGGUCAAUCUAGUAGGAAUGCAACUAGGAAGAGUUGCCAAUGCUGAUGAUACACAUCCCUUGACAGAUAUUCUCUCCCUUGAACCUUUUGCUGGGCCACUAAAAAAUCUUAAGAAAGACAAACUGCCUAAGAUCAAUGCUGCAGAUUCUGCAGCGGCCACACUGAAAGGGAUUAAAGCUCUGACAGAAAUAUGUGCUGAAGAUACUCCUUGUCAGAACAAAAUAGCUGAUUUUGGAGGCCUCUGUUUGCUUAGGCGCUUUUUACUGGAAGAUGAUUAUGAACAACUGGCUGCUAUAGAAGCAUAUGAUGCGUCGCGAGCAUCGGAGGGACAGGAUCGUGUGUCGACUGUUCCUGGUGAAGCUUCUAGUACUGCAAAUCAGAAUGAUGCAUCCAGUCUACGUGUUCCACCUACCGGUCAUAUUCGGAAGCAUGCAGCACGGUUGCUAACUGUACUUUCAGUUCUUCCAAAAGUCAAGAAAGGACUAGUUGGAGAUAAAGAGUGGUGCGAAUGGCUUGAAGAAUGUGCUAACGGAAGGAUUCCUGGUUGCAAUGACCCUAAAAUUCGAAGUUAUGCUAGGGCAACACUUUUGAACAUAUUCUGUGAUGACGAAGCUGGUGAAGAUUCUGUAAAUGGUGAUUUUCUUCAUGGAAAUCUUUCUAACAAAGAACAUACUUGCCCUCGUUACGCUGAUAUGAUACACCUGAUAAAUCCUGAAUUACCGCACUGGAAAUGUAUGGAUAAGAUAAUGCUAAAAUCAGUGGAUGGGUCAUCUCUAGGUGCCAAUGAUUCUGCUGGGAGUGAGUGUACAACAAAUGAAAAUAUGAAUAUUGAUAUAACAUCAACAUCUGCAAACGAAUCAAAGAAUAUCUCACAAUUUGAAUCACCUUUAGUUGAUGUUGUCUUUAUUCACGGUUUGCGUGGGGGACCCUUCAAAACUUGGCGGUUGUCGGAUGACAAGUCAUCCACCAAAUCUGGCCUGGUUGAGAAAAUUGAUGAAGAGGCUGGAAGGGAAGGAACAUUUUGGCCUGGUGAAUGGCUUCCAUCUGAUUUUCCUCAUGCCCGUCUAUUUAGUGUCAAGUACAAGAGCAAUCUAACUCAGUGGUCCGGAGCAAGCCUACCUCUUCAGGAAGUAAGUGCCAUGCUGUUGGAGAAGCUUGUUGCUGCAGGCAUUGGCAAUCGACCAGUUGUAUUUAUUUCACAUAGCAUGGGCGGCCUAGUUGUCAAGCAGAUGUUGUAUCAAGCAAAAGCAGAAAAGAAGGAUGACUUUGUCAAGAAUACAAUUGGAGUCGUAUUCUACAGCUGUCCUCAUUUUGGCAGCAAACUUGCAGACAUGCCCUGGAGAAUGGGUCUUGUUUUCCGCCCUGCACCCACUAUUGGGGAGCUGAGAAGUGGGUCUCCAAGAUUGGUUGAGCUAAAUGAUUUCCUGGGACAGCUUCAUAAGAAAGAGAAGCUUGAGGUCCUCAGUUUCUGUGAGACAAAGGUAACUCCAAUUGUUGAAGGCUAUGGAGGCUGGGCUUUUCGAUUGGAAAUUGUACCGUUAGAGUCGGCAUAUCCCGGAUUUGGAGAACUAGUCGUUUUGGAGUCAACUGAUCAUAUUAAUUCCUGCAAGCCUUUGAGCCGCAGCGAUCCUUCUUAUAAAGAGACACUAGAGUUCUUGCAUAAAUUGAAAGCUCUUAGUAGACGAUGAUACUGUACAUAAACAAGAACAAAGGAUUAUGGAGUGUUGACAUUCCUUUUUCCUCCAUGAUUCACAUGCAAAUAGUGUAAGUAGUUGAUAUACUUGAGUAGGGACUGGAAGCUCCUUGUGGCCUAGAUUAGUUAGACAAGGCUUAACUGGAGGUACCAAAUUCAUAGGCUGUGUUUACAGAUUUAUUUGUAUAGUGUUAGUUUCUACGAGGCUGUACAGUAGGAAAGAGUUAACUACAUUAUACUAACCAUUGAUUGAUUUCCUCUAGCACAUGACUGUUAUAGGUCAUUCUUGAGAGUGUUGUAUAAUACUUUGUUCUGUAAUAAAAGUUUGUAUCAUCCA